CAAAAUAAUCAAGCGAGUUUGGCUAUUCAGCCUAAUAAUCAACAAAUCCAAGGCCUAAAAGCCGAACUAAACCAUUACCAAACUCUUUACCAAAAAAGGGUAGAUAAGGACUUGGAUGCCGAAAGAAUUCAAAGAGAACUUCAAGUUUUAGUCAAGAAAUACCAAACAAAAGAGCAAGCCGAAAUCCUUUAUCACACAAAAAUAAAUGACUUAGACCAGCAGUUAGUAAAUUUAGCCAAGCAAAAGAUUAGUAAACAAAAAGAAGCCCAAGCUCUCCUAAACCAUGAAAAAGUAAACCAAGCUAAAUCUUUAAGUGUCGAAAGAAAAAAAGUCAAUGAAAAAAUAGUCAGUCUAGAAAAAGUAAACCAAGCCUUAUCCGAAAACUUAGCCCGCAAAGCCUUAGAAAUAUCAGAAAAAUUUGGAGUUGAACGCGAAUAUAAAGAAAAAUAUCAGCAAACCCAAGAGCAAUUAAAACAAGUUCAAGCCCAAAAAGUAAAAGAGUUAAAAGAAGCCGAAAAAACUCAGCAGUUAGAAAUAAACAAAACUAAAAAAUUAAGAGAAGAUUACCAAAAAUUGGAUCAAGAAAAAGUAAAAAUUAACAAGAAAAAUCUAACUCUUCAAAAACAGUUAACAGAAAAAGAAGAGCAGACCAAAUUAAAAAUUCAAGAAGCCGCCCGUAAAGAAACCCAAAUUAAACAGUUAGAAAAGCAAAAGGAAGAGUUAACCAAACAAACUGAAAACUACAAAAAAGAAUUCGCCCAAAAGCAAAAAAAGUCCGAAGAGUAUGAAAAUCAAUUAAUUAAAGAACUUAAAGGAUUACGAGAAAAAAUUAAGGAGUUAGAAAAUUCCCUUGAAGAAGAUAAAUCGUUGCUUAUCCAAUUAGUAGGCGGAGAGUCAAUUAACAAAAAAGAAUUAGAAAAAAACGAAGGCUUAAAGAAAUUGUUUGAAAAAUACGGACUAAUUAAAUAG